GCUCCUUUACGACCAGUCCAGACCAGUGAACCCAACUUGCUCACAUUCGCAAGUACGGACCUGGUGACUAGCAUCAAGUGUUUCAAUUUCAUGUCUACUCGAUUUUGUUUUGUAACAAUCCGCAUCCCAAUCUAGACACAUCAUCGUGUCUCUGUCUCGUCUCCAUCCAUCGAGAAAAUGGCAUCUGGGUUUUGCUCAUUGGGUCUAAAUGUGACCUCUUUACUCUCGUCCCACGCGCUAGCACGGCUCGUUGUGCUACCCACUCUACGGUGGCGUUCGAGUUCUAUUUCUAUGUCUCCUCGGCUGUGUAUUUCCCGCGCUUUAUCAGCUGCAACUUCUCCGGUUAGUUCAUCCUUCACGUGGGACGACGUAAUCGAGACCGGUCGAGCAGAGUAUGCGCCUCGAAACUCAUCCGAUCUCACCGGGUUUCUCGAGAAGGUCGAUCGCUGCAAUCGUGGAUCCGAAAAGUUAGCAGAGUUUAUUCCAUUUGUUAUAGAGGAACAAAUCGUUGGUUAUAUACAUAAGGGAUUUUUUACCGAGUACUUGAGGGAGUUUCAUGGUAUCUUUACAUUUGCACACAAUGGUUCUUUCCCUGACCGUGUUGGUGGCUAUGUAACGCUUAAUCUGAUGUUUCAAAAGCCUGAGGAUAGAACCAGAGCAGUUGCAGAUGUGAUCAAAAUCUUGGGUGACAAAGGAAUCAUUCCAGGAAUUCGAAAUGAGUUGUAUCCUGUGAAAUCAUCGUUUAAUGCUCCGGUCCUAUUUUCGCUAGAGCGUGCUGCUGCUCCUUUUUUCGGAUUAAAGGGUUACGGAGUUCACAUGAAUGGAUAUGUUAAAAAGGAUGGACAAAAGUCUCUAUGGAUAGGUAAGAGAAGUCUCGCAAAACCCACUUAUCCAGGAAUGCUUGAUCACCUAGUUGCUGGAGGAUUGCCUCACGGGAUUAGCUGCGGGGAGAAUCUCGUAAAGGAAUGCGAAGAGGAAGCUGGAAUUUCCAAAACCAUUGCAGAUAGGGCAAUAGCUGUUGGUGCUGUUUCCUAUAUGGAUAUUGACCAGUACUGUUUCAAACGUGAUGUGCUAUUUUGUUAUGAUUUGGAACUCCCUGAAGAUUUUGUUCCCCAAAAUCAAGAUGGAGAAGUUGAGAGCUUCAAGUUGAUUCCAGUAGCUCAAGUUGCUAAUGUGAUUCGGGAGACUAGUUUUUUCAAGGCAAACUGUUCCCUUGUCAUUACUGACUUCUUGUUUCGGCACGGGUUCAUCAAACCAGAACAAUUGGGUUACUUGGAUCUUUACCGACGACUGAGGAAUGGAGAUUGCUCAUAAUAAAGGAUGUUACUACCUUACCAAAAAAAAUAAAGGAUGUUACUAUAUCUGAUAUUUUUUCUUUAAGUAAAAGCUCACACUGGCUGUGUAGAAGGUUAUUGCGUGUACAUAGGUGCAUUCAUGAACAUACACCGAUCAAGGAAGUCCACAAACAAACUUCAUUUAUACAAAUGAGAGCAAAACAAUUGUUCUCUUCAAAGUAGAGCUGUAAAUAUUUUAUUUAGAAUCAGAAAGUUAAUAAUAUGAUGAAAUAGACUACAAA